GAGAAUAACUUUUACUUGUGUAUUUAUAUGAUUAUUUACGUCUUUAGAUAUCUACCUUUUGUUCUAGCCGGGUUUUGCCAACCAAUAGCAUGAACAAAAUAAAAAGGUCCUAAAAAGGAAUACUGAAAGAUAACUAACAUACAGCGUCCCUGUCGUUGAACACUGCUAUUGCGUGUGCGCUAUUUAUAUAGCUUACCGACCUUGUUUUGGAUGAGCCGCGCGAGGGGUGGUGAUAGCGGGAAUGGUCGGUGGUGUAGAUAAAGGCGUAAUAUUAAUUUAGCUCGGUGUCAUACGUCGAGAAAAGUUUUGUAUCAGACUCAACGCCGAAUAUAUUGUCAAGAUCCAAGCCACUCCAAAAAUGGACAAGACUAGUGGCAGUACUUAUCAGUCACCUCUAUCGUCACGGUACACAUCACCAGAGAUGAAUUUUAACUUCAGCGACCAGAAGAAAUUUUCCACUUGGAGAAAACUAUGGCUUUAUUUGGCUCAAGCAGAGCAGGAGCUGGGCCUGCCCAUUCUGGAUACCCAGCUGGCCGAGAUGGCCGCUCACCUGGAAGACAUCGACCUGGCAGCCGCCGCCGAGCACGAGCGGCGCGUGCGACAUGACGUCAUGGCACACGUGCACACGUUCGCCGCUGCCUGUCCGCUGGCGGCCGGCGUAAUCCACCUGGGUGCCACCUCCUGCUUCGUCGGUGACAACACGGACCUGAUUGUGAUCCGAGACGGCCUGGACAUCCUGCUGCCGCGUCUGGGCCGCUGCAUACAGCGCUUGGGCAUCUUUUCCGAGAAGUACGCCGCCCUGCCCACCCUGGGGUUUACGCAUCUGCAGCCCGCGCAGCUGACCACGGUGGGGAAGCGGUCGUGCCUCUGGCUGCAGGACCUGGUGCUGGACGAGCAGACGUUGCGCCAGCUCCGGAAAGACCUGCGCUUCCGCGGCGUCAAGGGCACCACGGGCACGCAGGCCUCCUUCCUCCAGCUGUUCGCCGGUGACCACGACAAGGUGGUGCGGCUGGAUCGGCGUGUGACGGAGCUGGCUGGCUUCUCCUCCUGCUACACCAUCUGCGGACAGACGUACCCACGCAAGCUGGAUGUGAUGAUGGUGCAGGCACUGGCCAGCCUAGGCGCCAGCGCGCAUAAGAUGUGCACCGACAUCCGCCUGCUGGCCAGUAUGAAGGAGCUGGAGGAGCCGUUCGAAAAGUCACAGAUCGGCUCGUCAGCCAUGCCCUACAAACGCAACCCGAUGAGGUCGGAGCGGUGCUGUGCUCUGGCGCGCCACCUGAUGGCGCUGCCUUCCAACGCCCUGCCAACGGCCGCUACGCAGUGGAUGGAGCGCACACUCGACGACUCCGCCAACCGCCGGCUCACGCUGUCGGAGGCGUUCCUCGCCGCCGACGGUUUGCUGCUGACGCUGCAGAACAUCACAGAAGGCCUGGUGGUGUACCCGCGGGUCAUACAGCGGCACAUCCAGCAGGAGCUGCCGUUCAUGGCCUCCGAGAACAUCAUCAUGGCCAUGGUGAAGGCGGGCGCCGACCGACAGGAAUGCCACGAGCAGCUGCGGCAGCUUUCGCAGGCGGCUGGCGACCGGGUCAAGCAGGAGGGUGCGGACAACGAUCUGGUGGAGCGUCUGCGCGCCUGUGCCUACUUCGAGCCCGUGCACGGCCAGAUGGACGCGCUGCUCGAGCCGGCCUCCUUCACCGGCCGCGCCGCUGAACAGGUGACGCAGUUUUUGGCGGAGGAGGUGGCGCCGGUACUGGAGCGCUACAGAGGCCAACUGGACGACGCAGCCGAGCUGCACAUCUGAACGGGGCAGUCGGACAUUGGAAAGACACCGGUGCCGGCUGCCAAAGCCUCGGAGAGGCGCCGGGGCGGGCCGGGUGACGCCAGAGGGACGCCGCUGCGGGCUGUAGGACCCUCAAGAUGCGCCGGGGUCGUCUGUGAGACUCUACCGGGUCCUGGUGUGGCCUGGGAGCUCCACCGUGGUGCUGGUGACCCACAUUUAUCCUUUAGGUGGACGCUUGGCUUUCUCGGAGUAGCGGGAGUGUUGCCAAAGCUUGAGUCGUGGCGGUUUACUGCUAACACUAGGUGAUGUGAGCCUGCCUGACGCAGGACGGAGGCUGCUCACUGUUCCGUUAGCUGGCCUGGGGUGGCAGACAGGGCACUGGGUGUGAUGACGUGCAGUGUGCUGUGGGUUUUUGAACAGUGCCAAGGUAUAGGAUGUUAAUCAUGUUCUGAAAGGACGUGACCGUUUCAUAUCCCAGUGAUACGCGACACCGAAAGGCCUUGGGAAUCUUUACGAUGCUUCUCGGGACUAGUGGCGUGUAUAUAUAGUCCCAUGCAUGGAGAAGCAUGGUUAGUGUUUGAAUCACUGCACUUUUAUUUUCAACACUGAGUGCGUGAUGUUGUAUACGCCAGUCAACAGUCUGAUACCCAUUAUCGGACGCGACCUUUUCUCAUACAGCGGAGAUGCGAGUGAGACAUGGUUACUUCAAAAUCGACCCAGCUUCCGGCGCCAUACUUCUAAUUAUCGGGGUUGCAUUGUUGUCCGUGUGUGCGUACGUGCGUGCGUGCGUGCGUGCGUGCGUGCCUGUAUGAUGUGCGUGUGCGCGUGCGUGUGUGUGCGUGUGCGCGUGCGUGUUGCAAGCAUAGCUCAAGACCAUAGACCCAAUAAAGCAAACAGCUUUCA